AUGGCUCCCGCGAAGAAGGGUGGCGAGAAGAAGAAGGGCCGUUCUGCCAUCAACGAAGUAGUGACCAGAGAAUACACCAUCAACAUUCACAAGCGCAUCCAUGGAGUGGGUUUCAAGAAGCAUCGUGCCCCUCGGGCACUCAAAGAGAUCCAGAAAUUUGCCAUGAAGGAGAUGGGAACUCCAGAUGUGUGCAUUGACACCAGGCUCAACAAAGCUGUCUGGGCCAAAGGAAUUAGGAAUGUUCCAUACCAUAUCCGUGUGCGGUUGUCCAAAAAACGUAACGAGGAUGAAGAUUCACCAAACAAGCUCUACACACUGGUUACCUAUGUACCUGUCACCACUUUCAAAAAUCUACAGACAGUUAAUGUGGAUGAGAACUAA